AUGUCAUUCCGUGUUGAAACAGCUCCUAAUCAAUAUACUGAUUAUCAAAUGUUUUCUGCUGCACGAUUUAAUAAUAUCGGUCGACAAUUUCUUUCUCUUGUUAAUCCAAAUUAUGGAACUAUUCCAAAUGAAAAUAAAACCGUUCCAAAUGAGAAAAAACCUGCUUCGAAUGAAAAAGAACCGACUUCGAAUAAAAAAGAACCGGCUUCGAAUGAGAACAACACUGCUCCAAAUGAGAAUGAAGCUCCUACAAAUGAAAAUGAAGCUCCUACAAAUGAAAAUGAAGCUCCGACAAAUGAAAAUAAAGCUACUACAAAUGAAGACGAAACUACUACAAAUCAAAACAAACCAAUCUCUCGAAAUACGAUUCAACAACCAUCUGAUCUUUGUCGACCACGUCCGGAGCAAAGUUUAUAUUAUAUAGCUAAUCAAGAUGUAAUCAAACAAAUUGAAGAAAAUUUUCUUCCACAUCAAUCGACUUUACCAUAUAUGCAGCCAACAACAAAUAAUAUUGAUACUGAUAGUCAAUUAACAACAUCAAUACCUGAUUGGCAAGCAACAAAACAAUCAACAGAAUCUACUCGAUAUCUUUCAUCACAAAUUGUUACAAUUGUUCAAUGUCGCUCAACAUUAUCAUUAGUUUCUUCUUCAUCGCUAUCACAACGAACUAGUCGACAUGCUGUUCGUUUAUUUAUUAAUUCUCAAAAGCAACAACAACAACAAAUGGAUACAUUUUUAGAUAUUGUUAAUGAAGCACUUUUACUUGAAUCAAAUACGAUUAAAACAUUAUGGGAUACAAAAGGUGAACAAGUUACUGAUCCGAUGGAUUUACUUCGACGAGGUCGUCUCUAUUUUGCAUCUCGUGAUACUAGUAUUACUCUCGAUGAAUUAAAUAUUUCUGACAAUGAUCUUGCUUCAAUUAAUCGACUUGAAAUAGUACGUAAACAAUUGUCUCAACCGGCACAUUUUGUUGAAAAACCUGCUAGUACUGAACAAAUAAAUAUUCCAUCACGUAAAAGUACACCGUUUGAUGGCGAUGAGCAUCGUUCAUCAGCUAUACAAGCACAAGCUAUGGUUUAUAAUGAUCCACAAACAUUUCCUGAAGUAUUUUUACGUCAUUAUACAGUUGGAGAAGUAUUAGGUGAUGGAAGAUUUUCAGCAGUUUUUGAAUGCCGAGAUAAAGCAACUGGAAUUCAAUUAGCAUUGAAAAUUAUUGAUAAAACUAGAUGUAAAGGAUACGAAUAUCUUAUUGAAAAUGAAUUAUCAAUUUUACGACGUGUUAAACAUCCGAAUAUUAUUAAACUUGUUGAAGAAUUUCAAAAUGAACUUAAAUAUUUUCUUGUUUUUGAAUAUGUAUCAAAUGGUGAUCUAUUAAAAGCUGUGACAACAAUGAAUAAAUACAGCGAACAUGAUGUUGCUUUAAUGUUAAGUCAAAUAGCUUCGGCUUUGAAAUAUCUUCAUUCAUUACAAAUUGUUCAUCGAGAUAUUAAAUUAGAAAAUGUUCUUAUGGCAAAUUAUCCUGAUCAAAGUGUUACAUUAAAAUUAGCUGAUUUUGGUUUUGCACUUUGUUUAACGGAUCACACACAUACUGUUGCAGCACGUAGUGAUAAUCUUUGUGGUACUCCAAUGUAUUUAGCACCAGAAGUAAUUCAAAAUAGAGACUAUCGAAUUGAAAAUGACAUGUGGUCACUUGGCGUUAUUGCAUUUACUCUUCUCAGUGGUAUGGCACCAUUUGAUGGAGAUAAUGAUGAUGAUAUUAUGUCAAAUGUAACUAAUAAACCAAUUGAUUUUAGUCUUUUGCCUAAAAUAUCAGCAGAUUGUCGAGAAGCUUUAAUGUCCAUGCUUGAACGAGAUCCAACUAAACGAAUAAGUGCUAGUGAAUUAUUACAACAUCCAUGGAUUAAAAGUGAAAUACAAAGACAAAUGGAACCUCUUAAUGAAGGACUAACAGCACGACGAAAGAAAGGAGCAGCACAAAAACAACCAAUGUUGACGUUUUCAUCAGUUGAACAUCCUCAUUCAAUGCAGGGGUCGAGUGUCGGCGGUCUUCUCGGUGAUCUUGAUGAAUAUUAG